AUGAACCAAGACGGAGGAAAUGGAAGAGAGAUCAAUGAAGCUAGGUGGAGAGAAGCACAAGUCGGAACAAUUACUUGUUUGAAUCAAGUUAUUAGUACAUUGACAGAUCGGAUGGAGCGAAUUGAAAUAGCCUUAGGUAAUCUUCAAGGGAGGGAAGUACUCUUGAAUGAAGGAGUUGAAAAUGAAGAAGAUGACAAUGUCACCCUUUUAGCGGGACAUAGUCCUAGGGGAGGGAGAGAUGGAUCCAAAAGUGUGGAAGAAUAUUACAAAGAAAUGGAGGCCCUUAUGAAUAGAGCAUGUAUUGAUGAAGAUGAGGAAGAUAUAAUGGUUAGAUUCCUUGGGCAACUAGCUUGGGAGAAGGAGAACUCCAAAAGGUAUGAUAUUUCAAAGUCUACUACUUUCAACACUUGGAAAAAGAAUGCAAAUAUUGUAAAGAUAGAUUUCAAAGUUGGAGGCAAGUAUGAUCUUGACAAAAAGAACAAAGUUGAGACCUCCAAGGGUAAAGAGAAAGCAGAGGAAUAUAAGGAGAUUCGAGAAAGAAAUAGAGACAUCAAAUGUUGGAAAUGUCAACGAAUUGGACAUCUUAGUUGCGAUUGUCCUAAAAAGAGAGUCAUGAUCAUCAAGAAUGGACAAGUUGUCACAGAUAGUGAGGAAAGUGACCAGGAGGAGCUAGUUGAAGAAGAAAUCCAGGAGAAUGAGGAGGAACUGGAAGAUGGGAGUCAUUUAGUACUUGUUACCAGAAGACUUCUUAAAACUCAAGUUACAGAGAAUGAUGUUGAUGAUCAAAGAGACAACCUAUUUCACACAAGAUGUUUAGUCAAGGGGACUCCUUGUAGUCUUGUAAUUGAUAGUGGAAGCUGCACCAAUGUUGGAAGUACCAUACUGAUCAAAAGGUUGCUAAGUCCAACCCAACACCAUCCUAAACCUUACAAACUUCAAUGGCUCAAUGACAGUGGAACAAUGAAGGAAUUGGAUGACCUAUUCCAAGAUGAAGUCCCUAAAGGACUACCUCCCAUUAGAGAUAUUGAACAUAAAAUAGACUUUAUUCCAGGGGCAGUCAUUCCUAAUAGGCCAGCUUAUAGAGCCAACCCAACUGAGACUAAAGAAAUUCAAAGGCCAGUAGAGGAGCUCAUGGAAAAGGGCUAUAUACGGAGUUUGAGUCCAUGUUCUGUACCAAUCUUAUUGGUGCCGAAGAAAGAUGGAAUGUGGUGCAUGUGCGUGGAUUGUAGAGCCAUCAACAAAAUCACAGUAAAGUAUCGACAUCCUAUUCCUAAGCUAGGCGAUAUGCUUGAUGAAUUGCAUGGUUCAUGUUUACUUACAAAGAUUAACUUGAAAACUGGAUAUCAUCAAAUUAGAAUGCAUGUAGGAGACGAAUGGAAAACCGCUUUCAAAACUAAGUUUGGAUUGUAUGAAUGCUUCAUAGUUGGUAAAAAUGGAGUAGAAGUUAAUGAAGAGAAAGUUAAAGCAAUCAAGGAUUGGCCAACACCACAAAAUGCAAGUGAAGUUCCUAGUUUUCAUAGGUGCCAACACUACUUAUGGCCCAGAGAAUUUGUGCUUCACUCUGAUCAUGAAACCUUGAAGUAUCUUAAGGGUCAAAGCAAACUGAACCGUAGGCAUGCAAAGUGA